AAAAAGGAGCCAAUAAUAAAGCUGUCCAUGUAAGCCUGGUAGAAAAAAACCCUGUUAAGGUAUAAAUAAAGAUGGCUUGAGCUAUUCAGGGCCACUUGAGUACAGUCCUGAUUUCUUGAGGUGGUCAGAUUUCUUCCUUGCACCAACGCCCCUUCCAGAUCUCAGGACCUGAAUCUGAGCUGAGGCUGGACCCCAGCAGAGUAAGAUGUUGAAUCCUUUGCCAAGGAGUGUAUAAGCUGUAACCAUGACUACUGAAGUUGGCUCUGCAUCUGAAGUGAAGAAGGGCUCUGACCAGGCAGGAGCAGAUGCACCUAAGGAGAAAGCUAAAGAAGUCACAGAAAAUGAGCAGAAUCAGUUAUCUGAGCCAGAGGAGGAAAAAGGUUCCCAGCCAGGCCCUGCAGUUGAAAGCCAAAGUAGUCUCCGUAGGCGGAAAAGAGAGAAGGAGCCGACUGAGAGCAGGGGCAUUUCUCGAUUCAUACCCCCAUGGCUUAAGAAGCAGAAGUCUUAUAACUUAGUAGCAGCCAAAGAUGGAGGAGAUAAAAAAGAGCCCCCUCAGGCUGAUGCGGAAGAACAGACUUUGGAUAAAGAGGACGCCCUUCCUGAAGAAGAGAGUCGGGCCAAGGGCGAUGCAGAAGAAAUGGCCCAGAGGAAGCCCCUCGAGGUUAAGGUGGAGGUCAAGGAAGAAAAGCCUUCCCUGAAAAGCAGUGCUGAGACCCAGCCUGCUGAAGAAGUGAGGAAGGACAGAGAGGAGAAGAUCAAGGAGAUGCAGGAAGACAAACUGGAAGGAGAGGCGGCAAAGAGGGAGACCAAGGAAGUGCAGACCAGUGAGCUGAAAGCAGAGCUGGCCUCCCAGAAAACUGCCAAGAAGACCAAGACUGUCCUGGCCAAAGUGACCCUCCUGGAUGGCACCGAGUACAGCUGUGACCUUGAGAAACGCGCUAAAGGACAAGUGUUAUUUGACAGAGUGUGUGAGCACCUCAAUCUCCUGGAGAAGGACUACUUUGGACUUCUGUUUCAGGAAAAUGCUGAGCAGAAAAACUGGCUAGAUCCAGCAAAAGAAAUAAAGAGACAGCUGAGAAACCUUCCCUGGCUGUUCACUUUUAAUGUGAAAUUUUAUCCUCCGGAUCCUUCUCAAUUGACUGAAGAUAUCACCAGAUAUUUCCUGUGCCUUCAGCUGCGGCAGGACAUUGCCUCUGGCCGCCUGCCCUGUUCCUUUGUGACUCAUGCCCUUUUGGGAUCCUACACACUGCAGGCUGAACAUGGAGACUAUGACCCAGAAGAGUAUGACAGCAUGGAUCUUAGUGACUUCCAGUUCGCCCCAUCCCAGACCAGGGAGCUGGAAGAAAAGGUGGCAGAGCUGCAUAAGACUCACAGAGGCUUAUCUCCAGCACAAGCUGAUUCUCAGUUCUUAGAAAAUGCAAAGAGGCUUUCCAUGUACGGUGUUGACCUGCAUCAUGCCAAGGACUCUGAGGGUGUGGACAUCAAGCUGGGUGUGUGUGCUAAUGGCCUUCUCAUUUACAAAGACAGACUGAGAAUUAAUCGUUUUGCUUGGCCGAAGAUCCUGAAAAUUUCCUAUAAGCGCAGUAAUUUCUACAUUAAGGUUAGACCAGCAGAGCUGGAGCAGUUUGAGAGCACCAUUGGAUUCAAAUUGCCAAACCACCGGGCAGCUAAAAGGCUAUGGAAAGUAUGUGUGGAGCAUCACACUUUCUACAGGCUUGUGUCUCCAGAGCAGCCACCAAAGGCCAAGUUCUUGACCUUGGGGUCCAAAUUCCGCUACAGUGGACGUACCCAGGCACAGACCCGCCAAGCAAGCACCCUCAUAGAUAGGCCAGCACCACACUUUGAGCGUGCCUCUAGUAAACGUGUCUCAAGGAGCCUAGAUGGAGCUCUGAUUGAUGUUGUGGACCAAAGUCUUCUGAAGGAUUUUCCUGGCCCUCCGGGAGAGGGUUCAGCACUUGGCCCUGGAGCUGCCAGCUACACCACCAUUCAGGAUGGGGAUAGCCGGAGGGAUGUCAGAAGCCCCACAAAAGCCACACCCCUGCUCGCUGAAGGGAAGAAAAAUACCUUGAGAGUAGAAGGGGAUAAUAUUUAUGUCAGACAUAGCAAUUUAAUGUUGGAGGACCUGGAUAAGGCCCAGGAGGACAUACUGAAACACCAGGCUAGCAUUAGUGAGCUCAAGCGCAAUUUUAUGGAGUCCACACCUGAGCCGCGCCCCAAUGAAUGGGAAAAACGACGUCUCACACCUCUGUCCCUACAGACCCAAGGGAGUUCACAUGAGACUCUGAAUGUAGUGGAGGAGAAGAAGCGGGCAGAGGUUGGGAAAGACGAAAGAGUAAUCACAGAAGAAAUGAAUGGUAAAGAGCUAUCAGCUGGGAGUGGUCCUGGGGAGAUUCGUAAGGUGGAGCCCGUGACACAAAAAGACUCCACCUCCCUGUCUUCUGAGAGCAGCAGCAGCAGUGAGAGUGAGGAGGAAGACGUGGGAGAGUACCAGCCCCACCACCGAGUGACCGAGGGCACCAUAAGGGAAGAGCAGGAGGAGAAUGAUGAAGAGCUGGAGCAGGAGGCCGGCCAAGCAGCCAAGGUAGUAGAGAGGGAGGCAGCAGUGCCCGAAGCCAUCCCAGACAGGCACGCAGAGGCCAGGCUCCUCCCAGUAGACACAGAGGCCCAGGAACAUGUAGGUGCCCAAAAGCUACCCGGAGAGAAGAGUGCACACGGAGGCACUGUUAAGCAAGACAUGAGAGAAGAAACAGAGGAAGAGCAACACAGAGUUAACGGAGAGGUGCCCCAUGUUGACAUUGAUGUUUUACCAGAGAUUAUUUGUUGUUCAGAGCCACCAGUGGUAAAAACAGAGAUGGUAACAAUUUCUGAUGCCUCACAAAGGACAGAAAUCUCCACCAAGGAAGUCCCCAUUGUUCAAACUGAGACCAAAACCAUCACAUAUGAGUCUCCACAGAUUGAUGGCGGGGCUGGUGGUGAUUCGGGCACGUUACUGACUGCACAAACCAUCACAUCUGAGUCCGUGUCAACAACGACAACCACACACAUCACCAAGACUGUAAAGGGUGGAAUAUCUGAAACAAGAAUCGAGAAACGUAUUGUGAUCACAGGAGAUGCCGCUCUUGAUCACGAUCAGGCACUGGCUCAGGCGAUUAGGGAAGCCAGAGAGCAGCACCCUGAUAUGUCGGUCACAAGGGUGGUGGUGCACAAAGAAACAGAGUUGGAGGAGGAAGGAGAAGAAUAAGAAAGUCAUUUUUUAAGCAACAUUCAACUUCAUGAACCGGAAGAACUUUGAUCAUUCCAAGUGUUAACGCCACACCACUACUCCAGCAAAUUUGUGCUACAACUGGUAACAAUGACCAGAAGCCUGAAGAAUUAAAAUGCCAACACCAAACCUUA